GGUUAUUUAUUGUUAGGAAUACUGCAUCUCGUCUCGUCAGCCAUCUACAUUCUCUCUGUCUAGGGUUUUACAAUCGUUCCGAUGGCCGGUACCGGAAUCCACCCCUACCAUCCGCAGUGGCCGCCGGCGGCUGUUCCUCCACCUCCUCCUGCUCCCGCGGCUGCUCCUCCUCCUCACCACCAUUCCAUGCCCAUGGAAAACCCUAAUCGCCUCUCCAACGACGAGGUUCGAACGAUCUUCAUAUCGGGCCUCCCCGAGGACGUGAAGGAGAGAGAACUCCAGAACCUUCUCAGAUGGUUACCUGGUUACGAGGCUUCGCAGGUUAACUUCAAAGGUGAACAUCCUAUGGGUUUCGCUCUCUUCACUACUCCUCCUUUUGCCAUUGCUGCCAAAGAUGCCCUUCAGGAGAUGGUGUUUGAUGCGGAAUCAAAGUCUGUUCUGCACACAGAGAUGGCAAAGAAAAAUCUAUUUGUCAAAAGGGGAAUUGUAGCAGAUUCCAGCGCCUACGAUCAGAGUAAACGCAUGCGAACUGCUGGUGACUAUACACAUACUGGUUAUUCAAGUCCAUCUCCUUUUCACCCUCCCCCCGCACCUGUCUGGGGACCUCAUCAUGGGUAUAUGGCUCCAGCUCCACCACCAUAUGAUCCAUAUGGAGGUUAUCCUGUUCCUCCUGUACCAAUGCCUGCUCCUGCCCCUGUACCUGCGCCAAGUAAUUACGUUCAUGUUCAGAAUAUUAAGGAUAACCCUCCUUGCAAUACCUUAUUUAUUGGCAAUCUUGGAGAGAACAUAAAUGAGGAAGAACUGAGGGGCCUUUUUAUCAUGCAACCUGGUUUUAAGCAGAUGAAGGUUUUGAGACAGGAAAGACACACUGUUUGUUUCAUUGAGUUUGAGGAUGUGAAUAGUGCCACCAAUGUGCACCAUAUUUUGCAGGGUGCUGUUAUUCCCAGUUCUGGUUCUGUUGGCAUGCGGAUACAGUACUCGAAGAACCCAUUUGGGAAAAGAAAGGAUUCCAAUCACCCAGCCGCUGCUGUUGGCACUAAUGGAGUUCCGCCACCUAUGUCCUACCAGUAGCUGGAAGGGGAUGUACUCUGUUCUUUAUGCUUCAGCAAAUACAAGCACUGCAUGAUAGGAUGCAUCAUGCAGCUGUUGCACGCAUCCAUUUCAUCAGCAUUAGCAUGUUUUCUCGCAUGUGAAUGAAUGCACGUAGUGCUAUCAUAAACAUAUAAUUUGGUCAUGUUAUAUGCUUAUUUACCAGACAUGCAUUUGUCAGCAGCAUCUCAGAAUGCUUGGAUAACUUAAACCAGGCUCGAUUUUGUUUUCAUAUUGUAGAAGUGGUGCAUGGGCUUGUAGUUUUGUUGGAUUUUGUGUGCUUUUCCACCCAUAUUGAUCAUGUUGUUCAUCAACAUUAGGAAUGCUUCUCUAAUUGACAUGUUGUCGUAGUACUUGUUCCCCCUCUUUUUCAACAUUUACUUUUGUCACACCACAUAUCAUAACAUGGCAUUUGAAAAUGACUCAGGUUUCAUUUCAUGGCAUGAGUUUAUCAUGAUUCCGAAAACUUUAGAAACACGCAUUAUAGAUCAUGAUUGACACCAUGGCCAACUUCUCAAUUUCUUGGAAAAUUUAGGGGAUCACUUCUUAGAUCAUAUGAUUAACAUCGCUAUAACCAUCUACACCAUCUCUCUUCUAGGCUUGUUCAUGAAUUGACUUGGUUGUCAUUGUUCAAGCAAACUGAUAAUGAAGCAUAAACAUUCAGGCUUUCCAAAGCAUAAUAGGCCAAAGGAUCUUGGAAAAUAUACGCUGCUGUCAUUGUGCAAGAUUUUUGAGUGAUACAGCUUUUCAGGUAAAUAUUUCUCUUAGCUAGGCCAGAGUAUCAGUCAGAUAUCCGACCUUGGACUGUAAGUUGUCAGCUCGUUGAUGGUUAACUUUUUGUUUAUUUUUAACUGGAGCUAGGUUCAAGUUUGAUAUGGGGAGAUUGAGCUAAUUAUACUAGUUACACUAGUAGAAGCUCUUUCUUCCCAUCUUGCUCUCUCCUUUUUACGCUCUUUGCUAGCCAUUUCAUGGCCUGUUUUGGCAUUCUGCGGUGUAUGAGUAACUCUCCUGGGUUUCUUUGUGAAUUAAACAAUUUGUAAUGUACAGAAUUAUGGUGGUGAUAGGAAAUUGAAAGAAAAAUUUAAUGUUGAUGUUCUGCACUUUUAAUUCUAAA